AACCAUAGUAACCGUGCUGUUCAUGCCAGAGACGUUGAGUCUUUAUAUCGAUGUUUGCUAGGAUUUAAACUCAGGUUUACGAGAUAUGAGUGCAAAGAAACCCAAAAGCCGUGUGAGCAAAGGGAAAGAGACAGCUUUAGAGAAGAAAAAUGACUUAUCUCCAUCACCAAAGGAAAAGAAGGAAAGCUCUGCACCAGAAACAAAUACAGGACAUCCAGACUACAUCUGCCCUUUGGUUCUAACCUCAGCCACACAGGAGCUGUUCAGCUGCAGAGCCGACAACGACGUGACGUGUGAGAACCCCUACAAGCUGCUGAGGAAAGAUGACAUUAUCCAGGACAUGAGAAACCGAGCCGCCGUGUCGGACUUCAGCCCCGUCAAAAAGGCCGUGCUGGAUUAUCCAGAAGAUGAGAUGCUGCUAGUGUUUGAUUGGGACUUCACCUAUGGUCAGCGAUUUUACCUGGUGCUCACGCUGGAGGCUAAACAGAGCCUGCUGACGCCCCCAGCAGUAACAGAGGAAGAAGAGGAUGAAGGUGGAGAGGAGAUGGAGAAGGAGCAGAGGAGUCCUGUGCCCCGGCGCUGGGUUUCACUGGGCAGCGAGAAAGAGAUUGAGGAAGAAUCAGUUAAAGACACCAGAGCCAGAUUCCACUUUAAGGUAAGGAGACUGGGGCGGAAGACUGGGGCUCCGGUGCACUUUUCUGACUUCAGCUCCUACACCGAGUGGAAAUCAUACCCGGACGAGAGCUUCAGCAUCAGGAAACUGGAGCAGAACCGCGGGGUUCAAGCCAUCGCUAACACCAAAACCUCAUCCUCACAGACCACAUGGAAACACAGAAAGAACAUGUGGACCCAGUAUGAACCUCAAGAGCUUAUUGAGGAGGAGAAAGAGAAGAUCCUGCAGUCAAAGAACCUGCAGAAUUUCCUCAGAUCCAGCAUUGGCAGGAUUGAACAGGCCUUACAGCAGAACCUCUUGAUGGAUGUGUUUGUGAAUGAACUGGCUGCUCUGGGAGACAAAGCUGUGUGUAAAGAAAACGACGACAUACAGCUGAAGUUGUACCAGACUUUCACUGAGCUGCGCUACAGCAAGGACAAAGUUAUCAGCUACAUCAAUUGGCAUCCUACUAUCAACGGUGUAAUAGCAGUGUCAGUAACAUGGAAGCUCUCAUUUGAGGAGAGGAUAGACAACUCCACUGAACUGCUGCUGAAUCCAACAAUGAUCAUCUUCUGGAGCAUUUCUGACCCCGUCCACCCUCUGUUGCUGUUGGAAUGUCCGGACGACGUGCUGAGCUUCCAGUUCUGUCCCUCAGACACCAAUAUUAUCGUUGGAGGCUGUAUGAACGGCCAGGUGGUGCUGUGGGACAUCUCAGGCCAUGCUGACAGACUGCAGAGAAACCGUGGUGGAGUACGAUCAAAAAUGACCAACACAAUGCAGGAUUUUAAGGAUAAGCAGCACAGCGACACCCCUGUAGUGCGUUACUGUGCUAUGUCAGGAUUCGAGGGUGGACACAGAGGCCCGGUCACAGAUGUACAGUGGCUCCCAGACAGCUUUGAGGUCUCGAGUUUGGGGAUCCCACUGGAAAAUAAGAACCAAAUAUCAGUCCAGAUUGUUACCUGUUCACCUGAUGGUUUUGUGAUGUUCUGGGAUCUGCGUAAUCUUCAUGUAGCAGCUCCGUCCCUGACCGACAAGAAGCACAAAGCUGAAGAGAAACCUCUACAUAUCCCAUACAGAAUUCCCAACACCUUUAAACACCUCAACCUCAGCUGGAAACCUCUGUUUAGAGUCACUCUGCCCAAAAUAGACUCUGCUGGUAAAUGCAGUCCUCUGAAGAUCAGUCUGAGAGACAGUGUGUGUUACUCUACAGCAGUGGACAGGUUGGAGGUUCCGUCGUUCUCUGCCCUCCAUGUUCCCUCAGCCAAACACCUGCACCACCUGGACAACAUCAGCACCAAAUUCUACGUGGGGACACAGGAUGGAGAACUGGUGUACACCGACUGGAAACUGGAGAAGGACAACGAGACAGGGCAACUCUCCAGUCCUAAGCCCAUUCACUUCUUUCGGGUUCAUCACUAUCUGGUGAACACGGUUCUCCGUUCUCCGUUCUUUAAGGACGUUAUUCUGGUUGUGGGAGGUUGGACCUUCUCUAUCUGGAGAGAGGGAGUUGUGAAUGGUCCACUCCUCCACUCGCCCAAUUCCAGUAGUUUGUGCACAACCGGGUUCUGGUCUCUGACCCGGCCGGCUGUGUUCUUCAUCGGGAAGGAGGACGGCAACCUGGAGGUGUGGAACCUGCUGGAGAAAACCCAUGAGCCUGUACUGAACCAGAAGAUUACCAUGGAUACGAUCUCCUGCAUCAAACCCUGGAUCAUCUCCUCGAAGCAGCACUACUUGGCCGUAUCUGAUCACCUGGGCACGCUGCACGUCCUUGAAAUCCCGUUAAGGCUCCAAAACCCGGCUCCUAACGAGGAGCGGGACAUGAGCAUCUAUCUGCAGAGGGAGGUGGAGUUUCUGAUCUAUUAUGAGAAGAUUCUGGAGGUGCGAGAGAGAGAGGAGAGAGUGAAGGAGGAAGACAAGAACAGGAUGAGAAAUGUUCUGAUGGACGAUGAUGAGAUGGAGCAGCUGCUGCAGAAGGAGGUACAGAAAGACUUUGAGGAAUACUUCAUUCUGGAGAAAGCCCUGAGGAAAAAAAUGGGCCUAGAGGACAAAGAUUGACACACACAAACACACACUCAAACACACACACGCUUAAAUACACACACACACAGACUCAUAUCCACACACACUCAAACACACGCAUACACACACAGUUGUAAUUCUUUAAUAAACUGAUGUCUUGAUUGUUGGUUUAUCUGUGACUCUUAGAGAGGAGGAGAGUGGGGCUGAUAUUACACCUAAACACACCUCCUACAGGUGUGUAAACACACACACACACACAUACUGUACAUACACACACAUACAUACACACACAUACAUACACACCUUCUCAGAAUGAUCAAAGAGUGUUUUAUGUUCUGAGGUGUGUGAGGAGUGGGAACUUAUCAAACACACACAGUAAGCUCUGUCUCUCUCUCUCUCUCUCUCUCUCUCUCUGUCAUUUUGUUUCUCUCUACCUUCCAGUUGUAAUUCUUUAAUAAACUGAUGUCU